UCGACGGGCCUCCCAUGUCCCGUUCCAGGCACCUCCACGUCCCCCCAAAACAUCCAACCAAGAUCGGGUUUGAUGAGGUGUUUCUUAUCAACCUGGCCCGACGCCCGGACCGGCGACAGCGCAUGCUGGAGGCCCUUUUCGAGCUGGAAAUAGACCCCUUGGUGGUUGACGCCAUAGACGGAAGAGCCCUGAACAGCAGCAGCAUCAAGAAACUUGGCAUCGACUUACUGCCCGGAUAUUACGACCCCUUUUCGGGGAGGACCCUCACCAAAGGGGAAGUUGGCUGCUUCCUCAGUCACCACCACGUCUGGAAAGAGGUGGUCGAGAGGGGGCUGGAAAAAUCCCUUGUGCUGGAAGACGAUAUCCGAUUCGAGGCUUACUUCAAGAGGCACCUGGUGAAGCUGAUGGACGCGUUGGAACGGACGCAACUCGAUUGGGACCUGAUCUACCUGGGCAGGAAACAAGUCAACUCCGACAAGGAGGAGGAGGUGGUGGAGAUCCCCAAUCUGGUGGUGCCCGAAUAUUCCUACUGG